AUGGACACUGAGCAGGAGGCCGUGCUUCUCAGCGAUGACUGCCUUGUCAAAGAAAGAUCCAUAUCGGUGGACCACCGCGAGGUGAAGCUGCUGUGCCCAUCAUUCUUCGCGAAUGCAUGUGUGUCACAGCAGCAGUUUGCAGACGAGGAACCGACAAAGCUUAGCAGAUCUGUCUUGCUGGUUUCGGACUGCGACGAUCCGGCGGAGGCAGACACCACACGGGAGACGACCGUGCCAGAUCCCACGGAGGCGGACGAGGCUUUAUGUGCCAUGCUGCAGAAUCCUGACACGCUGCUGUCGGUGCUGGAGCUCAACCAAGAUGAGCUCAUCACGAAUCGCUGGAGGCGUUUUGCCUUCCACGCUAUGCGGAUGCUGGCGCGAGCUUCGCCCGCGUUGGUGAUCUACGGCGGCACAAUUAGCUUGCUGGUCUGUGCGAUUUGCCAAUAUCGCUGGGGCGUGCUGCUGGCCCUGACGCUCUUCACCUUCUAUAUGCUUCACUUGUGCGUGACAUUCCUGAUUUUCGCUGCGGUUGGGCUGCUGAGGGUUUUUCACGAAAGCAGGGAGGACUGGGCUGCCCGUGCGGCGGCCCUGCAGCCGGCUGCUCAUGCUGAUGAUGAGGAGGACAUUACAGCGUGCGAUGUGCUGCAUGUGGUGAUGCUUCCCACCUUCUGCACUCCCUUGACGGUGCUGGAGCAUACGUUGACUUCGUUGGCUCAGUACAGCCAGGCGAAAGGGCAGCUGGCCGUUUGCUUGGCAUUCGAGGAGCGUGAGGAAGAAGCGCAGGAGAAGGAAAAGUCAUUGAGACAGAUGUUUGCUGAUACGUUUCGCUUCAUCCAUGCGACGUACCAUCCCUCCGACCUUCCAAACCAUCUGCCUGGAAAGUCUUCCAACGAGUGCUGGGCUUUUCAACAGCUAUGCAGAGAGCUGGAAGAGGUCUACCAGAUCAUGCCGGAGGAUCCCAGGGUUGUCAUCACGGUGAUAGAUGACGACUCGGACAUGCAUGGCAAGUACUUCGAGGCGCUGACCCACCACUUCGUAGCAGCAGGGCCCAGCAGAAGGUACUUGAAUCUGUGGCAGCCCCCCAUCUGCCACUUCAAGAACUUCCUGAGGCAGCCGCUGCUCGUCAGAAUCUCCUCGCUGUUUUCCACUCUGAAUGAGCUGUCUUGCCUAGCAAACCCGUGGGAUUGCCACGUACCUUACUCCAGCUACUCGAUCAGCUUUGCGCUCGCAUGCGCUGUCGGUGGCUGGGAUCCCGAGUACUUGGCAGAGGACUGGCACAUGUUCGCCAAGUGCAGCCUCAAGACAAUGGGCAGGGCCAAGUGCGUGCCGAUUUUCCUUCCCGUUCUCAACUACACGCCUGAGGAGGACACGUACUGCUCGACUCUCUGGAGCCGAUGGACACAGGCGAAGCGCCAUGCCUUGGGAGUUAGUGAAGUCGUGUACGUGCUCUCAUUCUCGUUCCUGGCAGUGUUGGAGCUUCGAUCCUGUAGGCAGGCUUUGGUCUUCCUGUGGCGAUUGCUGCCACUCCUGGCCAAGUUUUCCCAGACGCACUUCGUGAAUGGUGUCGCGGCCGUGUGGAAUGUCAUGGCGCAGAUUGUCAUCCACUUCUACAUGUUCGGGUCCUGGUGCGACCUGCAGCUCUUCGCGGCUCCCCAGAUGUGUCCCCUCGGUUCCUGGAGUACGGCGGACCUAACACAGGAGCAAGUACUCCGGAAUAGUCUCCUUGUCUUCCUGCAGCAACGUGGGACGGCCCUGAUGGCGUUCGUGAGCAUCUUGUCGGGGGGACUGGGGGCCAUCUACUUUCACAUGGUGAAGGACCGUGUGGAGGGCAAUGUGGAUGAACACUGGAAGAUGAGGAACUUGCCGUUGAUGUGGUUGGUCAUCGAACUGGAGGUCUCCCUGUGUGGCCUGGUGCAGUCCUUCAUCUUCGGUGCCCUCCCGCUUUGGAUCGCAUGCAUACGGAUCAUGUCCAGUGUGAGGUUCUCACACGUUGCUGCAGGUAUGGUCGGCCGAAGCACUGGCGAAGUUUCGGAAUACCCUGUGGACUUCGACUCCUCGUGGGCGCAGGGCCGAAAGGCUUGGGAGGUGUGGCUGGCGGCGUUUGACGCCUGGGACCACGAGCGGAAAAGGCUAUGUGAGGUCUACCUUCGCCUCGGUGAGGACAAGGAUGCCGCAGAGGCUUCGGAGCUCGCCCGGGGAAAGUUCCCCAAAGCGCCGCGCAUGCCCGAGUCUGUGGUGGCCUUGUACCAGGCAGCACACGACGGCGAUGUCGUGGCACUUGCGGAUUUGCUAGAGGAUGAGGAGAUUGACAUUUGCUGCAAAGAUCACAACUUGCAGACACCAUUGAUGUUCGCCGCGGUCAGUGGCAGCUUGGAAUGUGUGGAAUACUUGGUUGACAUGGGUGCUGACAUUGCUGCAGCCGACAAUGCAGAGGAGCUUUCUGCACUUCACAGCUUCAGAUUGGUAACAUCGGGAGAGACGGCUCUUGAUCUUGCUCUUGCACAGCAUGGCGAAAAGUCCCCGCAACAUCCGGUGAUCUUGUACCUCCACUCCGUAAAGGCUCCCAGAGGCCCAGCAAAGAAGUCGAGGCCCUUGCACUGA